AACCAUUCACUCAUCUCAAUUGCCGUCACUCCUCUCUGUGCGACUUCAAAUCUCCAAUUAGGGUUUUCACUUUCACCACAGAGAACUAAUCACUAGCCAUGGGAGUCUUCACCUUCGUCCUCAACAAAACUGGCGCCGAAUGGACCGCAAAGCAAUACUCCGGUGACAUCGAAGCCUCCGGUGACUCUACUUUCGAGAUCCAAAGGAAACUUGUUUCCGCCGCUCUCGCCGUCGAUUCAUCAGGCGGUGUUCAGUCCUCUUACUCUCCCGUCUCUCCUUCCUCUGGUGUCUUCGUGGUGAUUGUUGGUGGUGCCGUAUUUGUUGGAGGUGGUGCUGCUGCUGCCGCUGCUCCUGCAGGAGGUGCUGCUCCAGCUGAUGCUGCCCCUGCUGAAGCAAAGAAAGAAGAAAAGGUCGAGGAAGAGGAGGAAGAUGAAGAUAUGGGAUUCUCACUCUUUGAUUAGAGUUUUCUACUUGUUAUUUUUUUUCAAUUUUGAUGGAAAAUGGAUUUAGUCUUCAAUCAUAUGAAUUCUAUUGGUUUGUGUUUGUUAAUCCUACAAUUUGUCAGAUAGAGUUUAUUAUGCUACAAUUCUGUAUUCUGUUUUACUAAUGUGACUUUUUUGUAUUCAAA